CAGUCCCUCUUCUUCUUUUGUCUCCUUCCACCAACUAAAUCCCAACAACAUACAUAUAUUUCAGAGAGUUGCAUAGAAUAUAUAUAUAUAUAUAUAAUACUAGAAGUAAACAGAUAUAGAGUGUCUAAAAAAUGAGUCUUUCCUUGUUCUUGUCCUUCUUCUUCUUGUUGCAUCCCUUGGUGUUGGCUCAGCUUGAUGAAAGUCAAAGGAGUAUCAUGUUCAAUCUGAAUCAGUCGCUCGGCGUCACACCUUCACCAUGGAAUGGAACCAAAGCGUCUGACCCAUGUUUGUGGAAAGGUGUCAGUUGCAGCCCCCCGAACAACAGCUCCAUAAUCUCACUUUCUUUAUAUGGGUUUGGUCUCUCUGGCUCUGACUUUCUGACUGAGCUGUGCAAGAUUGGUUCUUUGCAGUCUCUGAACCUGUCCAACAACUAUUUGAAAAGUAUCUCAGAUGGGUUCUUCAAUGGUUGUGGAGGGAUUGAUGGGUUGAAGUUGUUGGAUUUUAGCAGGAACAGGUUGGUCGGUUCUUUGCCUACUUUUCGAAAUUUUGUUGGACUUGAAUUCUUGGAUUUGUCUUUUAAUAAUUUGAGUGGAGAGAUUAAUUCACAGUUGAGUCAGUUGAUUUCACUCAAAAGUUUGAAUCUUUGUUACAAUAGAUUCAGUGGGUCUGUCCCUACUCAGCUAGGAAAAUCUUUUGUUUUGGAACAACUUCAGCUGUCUAAGAAUAUGUUCCAUGGUGAAAUUCCUGUAGAAGUGCUGGCAUAUAAGAAUUUAACCCUCCUUAAUCUUAGUGAUAAUUUUCUUAAUGGGUCCAUUCCUGAAGCUAUCGGUAACCUGUCCAAGUUGCAACUCUUGCUUCUGUCAUCAAAUAGAUUGAGUGGAAAAAUCCCCGAAUCCAUUUCGAGUAUCAGCAGCCUGCAGCGGUUUGCAGCUAAUCAGAACAAUUUUGUUGUAGUUCCUGGUGGGAUCACAACAUAUCUCAAAAUUUUAGACCUUAGCUAUAAUAACCUAUGUGGGUUGAUUCCAUCUGACCUUUUGUCACAGUCAAGUUUGCAGCACGUGGAUUUGUCUUAUAAUUUGUUACAUGGAACAAUACCUGAAAGAAUAUCUUCCAGCAGCAGCUUGGUAAGGCUGAGAUUGGGAAGCAACUUACUCAGCGGCUCAAUCCCUGCAAAACUUGCAACAAUUCGGAACUUGGUUUACUUGGAGCUGGAAAACAAUAACUUUUUUGGGUCCAUUCCCCCGGAGUUGGGUGCCUGCCAGAAUUUGUUGCUAUUGAACUUGGCUCAGAAUAACAUAACUGGGACACUGCCAGUGCAACUGGGCAACUUAACCAAGCUUCAAGUUAUGAAGCUUCAGCAAAACAAAUUGGAUGGGCAAAUCCCACCUGAGAUUACACGGUUACAGAGUCUGGGAGUACUCAACCUCAGCUGUAAUAAUCUUACUGGUUCAAUUCCAUCUUCAAUUUCAAAUAUGACGAAACUCACAAACACGAUCCUACAGAGCAACAAUCUUGUUGGUUCAAUCCCCGUCACUCUUGGAGACUUGAAUUUUCUGUUAGAACUCAACCUUGGAGGAAAUAAACUAAGUGGGAGUAUUCCUAGAAUGCCACCAAAGUUGCAGAUUGUUUUGAAUCUCAGCAGCAACCUCUUUCAAGGACCUAUUCCAACCACUCUUUCUCAACUGACGAGCUUGGAAGUUUUGGAUCUCUCAAACAACAGAUUCUCGGGCAAGGUUCGUGAUUCCCUGCGUGGAUUGGUGUCCCUAACGCAGCUCAUACUCUCCAAUAAUCAGCUCUCUGGGGUUCUUCCUCAGUUCAGCCAGCAUGUUUUGAUCAACGCAAGUGGAAAUCCAGAUCUAAUAAUAAUAAAUAAUGCGCCACCACCAAACACUUCCCCUGAAUCGGAGAAGAAGAAAGUAUCGCACGCCUGGGUUCGAUGGAACCCAGCACGCCUGGGUUCGAUGGAACCCAGGCGCGGGUUCCUUGAACCCAGCACGCCUGGGUUCGAAGGAACCCAGGCGUGCGUGCUCUGUACUCUCUUAUCUCUCUCUUGGCCUCUGAUCAAUAUCUCGAACAACUGGGCUAAGGGCCAUUACACUGAGGGAGCUGAGCUCAUUGAUGCUGUUCUUGAUGUUGUGAGAAAGGAGGUAGAGAACUAUGAUUUGUCCCAGGCACUGGUGCUGGGUUCCUUCGAACCCAGCAAAUUUCCCGCUAAUGUGAUUCCAAGUUGGCAUGCCAAGUUGUCAAAAAAGUUUGAGGUGGCGCUGACAUGUGCACACUUAAGGGAGGUCAACGGUGCACGUGUUACACGUGACGCUCCGACGUUAAAUUUUGCCUCAUUUCCUCAAACUCGAAAAUAUGGAGAGUAAAAAUUCAUGUAUUGUAAUAUGGAGGGUAAAAACCCUCAAAAUCGAAAAGUUAAGGGGUAAACGGGUACCUUUUGCCCUUCUCACCCAAAGCCAAAAACCUCACCAAUCUUAAAAUCUAUUAUCAAAGCAAACAAUUCAACCUGAAAUUCUGCGUCUUUGAAUGCAUCUUGCGUUUUCAGUCUAUAUUAAGAUGGAAUCAACUAGUUACACUACAAGAAAAAUGAUUUUUAGUG